AUUUUUCCUACCACCAACACGAUGGAUCAUGGAGAAAUGCGCCAAAACCAACGAUCACCCCCCCCGGGCCUAUCUGCUCGUCUGCGUUUGCCCCUGCAACCAACUGGGAAGUCUCCGCCGCCAGCCACCAUGCGCAGCGUGUUACGGAUUUUGUUUGUAGAAAACUCGGAGCUCGCUUGCAAACACGACCGCACUUGGAAACUCAAACUCAAACUCAAAAGAUACGAGUUGAAGAUGAGGAGAAUGAUAAUGCCCAGUCGGGUGCGACGGGAUUGGAUUCGAUCGCACCAGAUAAAAGUUUGUGGAGAAAGAGAAUUCCAUGGCAAAUCCUACGGCUUUUAAGAGAAUGACUGUUAAUGAGA